AUGAAACUCACUCCACAACAGGCCGCAGCCAGAGAGGCAUAUUUGAGAAAAUUGAGCAUUCAUCAUGAUGAAAUUAUCGAUGAAGUUAAUCUAGUGAACUAUAACAUCAUAGAAGAAAUAGAAAAGAUAAAUAAUCAAUUAAACACUAAACUGGCCAGGCUGCAGGAAAUAAAGAACGUUAGUGACAGAAUCAUAAAUGAAUUUCUAGAUUUCCUCAGAAAAUCAGAGUCAAAGACGAAUAAAGUAAUGAGAACUAAUUGGGAGAUUAGCGUAUGCCGGCAACAAAAACUACACGAAGCUUUUAAUAAGAAGAUGGCCGCCAUGGAACACUUGAGAACCGAACAUGUAAAAGAGGAGAAAGCGUUGAGAAGGAAAAAAGAUAAUAUGGAAAAAGAAUUUAUUUUAUUAUUGAAACAGUAUGACAAGAAUAUGUUAGAUAAACAAAGUGAAUUAGAUAAUAUAGUCGAAUCUGCUAAUCCGCUAAAUUACUUCUAUAAACAAUUAACAAGGCUUUCCGAAAAACAAGAUGAAAGUUAUGAAUUGUUAAUGAAGGAUAAGGAAGAAUACAAAAGAAUGAGAUUAGAAGAAUUAAAGCGCAGAUUUGCGUCGAGAAAAAUUCUAAAACGUUUUAGGUCUAUGAAAAGGAAAGUCAAACGCCCUAGUUAUCCUCCUGCAGAUAUGAAGAGACCUACUGUUGAAAGAGCUCUGGAAGCCGGUGGCAGAAGUGCCACGUAA